AUGCCUCUCGACGACGACGACAAUCCCGCCCUGGUGGCCCCUCUCGCCCCAUCUUCAUCUGGCUCUGGCGCUGGUGGAAGCAGCGUCGAUGCUGCUGCCCAAGGUUCCCCCGACGAGGGCCUGACGGCCGAGGACCUGCUGGAAGAUGAGGGUGCCGCGUCACAGGACUUCCGGCUAUUCCGCAAGCAGCCGGGCGUAUCAGCACAGACAAUCCGGAAAGGUGAGAAGGACUUUGAGUCGCACGGCACGCGGGCGCAGGCCGAUGCCCUGGAGCAGAGUCGCGCUGCAAUGCACGAGGUGCUGUCGUAUACCCGUGUGCAUGCGGGAUCGCAGAAGAAUGUACUCAGAGGAUGGUAUUUCCCAGAUUGGUGGAGGGAUUAUGAGGAGGUGGUCGAGGAGGCCGGGGAUGGGGAGGUUGAGGGGAAAGAGAAGAGGCCAUAUGGGCAUAUUAGGGAUCGGGUUGUUGUACUUGAGGGGUCGUCGGUCGCGAGCAAGAACCUGGGACGGGCGGUGACCGGACAGGCGAAGGAUCGGCCGGCGAGGGGGAGAGAUUGGUUGCUACCCGAGGAGGCUCUUUAUCUGGUUGAGAGAGGGUCGAUGGAUUUGUGGUGGCCGCUCAAGAGUCUUGAGGAACUCUUCCCUCCGGGCACACCACCCGAGACACCGGCUGGCAAGGGCCUUGUUGGUGAGGAUGACGAGGAGAUCGAUGAGUACGAGUUGGGAAUCCCUCUCAGUCUUCAAGCUGCUUAUGCUCUCUUAAUCGGCAACGAGGGCGACCGCGGCAAGAUCAGCCUGCAGAAGUUCCAAGUCUAUUCGAACCUCAAGAGAUGUGGCUACAAUGUUCUACGGGCCCCGCCACGGUCAAAGUCACUAUUCUCUACCCAACCAACCUCGCUCUGGCAAUGGUUCACCAAUCUCCUAACGCCUUCUCCUAAGCCUGUCGUCUAUCCCCCAUACGGACCCCUCAUCCUUCCAGGUCUCUACCGCUCCUAUGCCCCUAUCUACAGACGAAUAGCUCUCCUCCCACGGCACAAGCCCGACCCUAACCCAACCUUCCCUCCUGUUCCCAUCGAACCCUUCGCCGUCCACUUCCACGUUUGGAAGGCGUCUCAAAAAUGGACCAAACUUCGUCACCCACCACCAGACUUCUACCUCGCCGUCGUCGAUGCGCAGGAGUCAGCUCCUCCAACCCUGCGCGAAGUAGAUGCCCUUCUACUGUCAACUCCAUACUCGCCUUACAUCCCACCACAGAACAACAACCCCCAGAAGCAGCAACAGAUGCUGCAGCAGGGCCGGUAUCUCUACGCACGGCUGAAGCAUGGACGCAGGCACGUACUGGUUGCGGUUGUGGACCACGGGGUAAUUAACUACAUGAGGUUCGCAGAGGCAGCCUUUGGGGAGGAUGGAGUGCUCUGGACCAGGUUUGACGAGAAUGUUGCUGCUGCUGCGGCAGGCAAGGCUGGUGGAAAGAAGGGAGGAGGGAGGAAUAAUGGACGUGGAGGGAAGAGUGGGGGGAAGGGUAGGGGACGUAGGUAA